AAAAGCCAAAGAAGAAAAGGAACGAGUUCAGAAAGCCAAAGCAGAACUGAGGCUAGAGAGAAAGAAGAAGGAAGAGGAGAAAGGUGAUGAAGAAGGGGUCGAGGAUCAAACACCAGAGAAACACAGCAAGAGAGAAAGAAAGAAAAAGAAGUUUGAUGGCUUUGUACUGGCUAAGAAGGAUGCUGACAAGUCACAGUCAGAAGACAAACAGAAGCCAGCCAGUGAAGAGGAUAAGAAAAGGACGAGUAGAAGAUCGAGUGUGAAAAAAGAUGAUGUGAAGAAGGAGAAAACUGAUCUAGAUGAAGAAGAGUCAACGACGACAAAAAAAGACAAGAAGGAGUCUGAGUCAAGAGCUACAAGGAAGGAGAGAAAAGAUGAAGAGGCAAAAGCUGGAGAGAAACAGAAGAAAAGAGUAAAUGAAGAUGACGAGGAAGAGGAUGCAAAUAUUAAGGAGGAGCAGCAGGAGGAGGAGGAUGAUACCCUUGAGGGGAAAGUGAAGGAUGAACCCAAAGCCACAGAAAAUUCAGACAGUAAAAAUAAUGAAAAGAAAUCUCAGACGGCAGCAGAAGCAGCUGAGAAACCAGAUGCUGGCUUGCGGAAGCACUCAAAGGAGCACAAAUCAAGCAGUGAACACAAGACAGGACACAAUCACAGAUCGGAUGAGGCGAGGAAUAAAGAUGAGAAAAAGAGAACACACAGCGAAGAAUCAAAGCGAAGGAAAGAUGAUGACAAGCAUAAAAGUCAUUCUGACAAGGAGAGGAAGAAACAGGAGAAACUGGAACAGAAGAAACAAGAGAAGUUGGAGCAGAAGAAGAAGGAAAAGAAAGAGCAGAUAACCCUCAGUCUUGCCGAGAACACACUCAUUCAGAUGGACACAGAGAUUAAAAAAGCAUUAAACAUCGAGAGUUUGGACAUUGACAAGUGUGUGGCCAUAUUGGAAGAUCUUGCAGCAAUGCCUGUCAACCCUUUACUGCUGAGGAAAAACCCAGCCAUCAUGGCUACCAUUAAGAAAUGUCGCAAGUUCAAGAAGAGCAUCGCUAUUCAACAGAAGGCUGAAGUCAUUUAUCACAAGUUUAAAUCGAUUUUCUUAGCUGAAGGUGCUGCUGGAAAGAAUCCAGAACCAACAUCAAAACUAAGAGAAAACAAGGAGAAUGAGAUAUCGUCUGGUGAAAGUGCCGGAAACAUCAGUUCUCUGACUCCGCCUGCCACUAAUGCUUCUACCAAUAUCAACGGUGAUGUCAGCGACAGCAGUCCUGCCCCAGCAGGUGCUGUCCCAACUACCCCAGCAGACAGCAUUUCAGCUAGUGGCAACAGCCUCGUUGCUACAGACUCCACCAGCAUUACCCAUGUCACAAAAGGGACAGAAAGUGAAAUCACUGCGUCUGCCAAUGUGGCAAUUUCAGAAUCUUCAGCAGAAGCAUCCACAGUUGGUGCUUCUCACCCUAGUGAUUCUACAGUGAAAGAGGCAUCAUCAUCACCUUCACGUCCUAAGAGUUCACUAGAAGCUUCUUUAGGAGAUCACUCAGAAGUGGCAGUUCCUAAAGAUCUGGACACAUCUUUGUCUUCACAGAGAGUGGAUGAGUCUUUUAUAUUCCAAAAUGUGAACACAGGAGGCAUCUCCACGUCUUCCUUCAUCCCUGGGCUCGAUGCAGUUUUUAAAGAAGGAGUAGACUACCGUAACAGCCAAACUUUUAAGUCUGAUGCAUCAAAUUCUGACCUGGGAGUUGACCAUUUGGGGGCAGAAACUGAUAAUUCGACUGUUAAAAAUGUUUCUGACAAUUCAGAUAGUUUAUUUUCUAAAGAUAAAGGAAGUACUAAAGAAACAACAUCGUAUGAUCCACGCCGGCCUCUGAGUCUUCCUCUGCCUCCUGCCGUUGGUGAUGAGGACAUGGAAGAAGAUGAGGAGUUUAAUAAUAAUGACAGUGUUGCUGAGGAUAAAGUUGACAGAGCUGUAGAAGUUGUAAGUCCAAUUAUCCCUCUGAUGGAUUCUAGUGUUGCUGCAGAAAUAACCAACAUGGUUUCAGAUGCAGUGAGGUAA